AGGGCGGCGUCAGAAGGAGGAGGGGACGGUGAGGAGGAGGAGGAGGAGAGGCUGAGAUGGAGAAUCAGUCAGCUGGAGAAAGAGAAGCUGGAGCUGACGUCAGGACACAACCAGGAGCUGUGCAGGCUGCAGACUGAGCUGACUCGUCUCAGAUCAUCGGUGGAGCGCGGCGAGGCUCAGAGGGCGGAGCUUCAGUAUCAGCUGACCGUCGCUCAGAGAGACGCAGAACGAGUCGCCGAGCUCAGCGGAGACAAACAGGCGCUCACAGAGCGAGCGUCGGAGCUCCAGCAGAAGGUCCAGGAGCUGCAGAAAGUCGUGGACAUCACGCGGCGGGGCCGAGAGGAGGACCAGCAUGCUUUGCAGCAGGACGUGGAGGAGAGAGACAAACUCAUCCACAGCUUCGGCUCCGAGAACCAACGGCUGCAUCGACUCCUCCAGGAGCAGGAGGAGGCGCUGGAGGAGGUGGAGAGGAGGAUGGCAGAGGUGCAGAAGGAGAGCGAGAAGGAGGCCGAGGUGAAGAGACGACAAGCAGACGAACUGAAAUACCUGAAGGAGAGAGAAGAGGAGAGGAGGAGAGAAAAGGAGCUGUGGGAUCAGAGGAUGAAGUCUCUGCAGUCGAGCAUCGAGGCGGAACGAGCCGCUCACCUGGAGUCCAAAUUUAACUCUGAGAUCAUCCAGCUGAGGGUUCGGGACCUGGAGUCGGUGGUGGUGACGGAGCGGAGCGGCCAGCAGGAGGCGCAGCAGAGCCUGGAGCUGCUGAGGAGUCAGUUCAGGGAGGUGGAGAGAGCUUACAGCCUGGAGAGAGAGAGGAGGGACGGCACGGAGCGGCUGCAGAAAGAGUUAGACCAGUGUAAGUCUGACCUGACCGUCACCUUGGAAACCGAGAGGAGGACGACCUCUGACCUCACUGAGAGGCUGGAGGAGGAGAAGAGACGUCAUGCAGACUCACACUCACAACUGGAGCAGGCGGCUCAGAAACAGUCUGACACCGAGGAAACGUUCAUCAGCUGUUUGAAGCAGAUCAAAGAAACUCUCCAACAACACGGCUGUAGUCCUGCUGCAAAGGAUCAUGGGAACUUGAGUCUUUCUGAAGAAGUGGUGCUGCUGUUGAAGUCGACGCUCAGCGCUGAUCGACACAGACAGGAAGAGACGGACAGACAGGUUCAGGAUCUGGUCUCGGCCUCAGAGAAGCUGCAGGAGGAGAAUCAGACUCUCAAAGAGCUGAACUCAGAUCACAGCAAACACACUGAGGAGUCUCAGCAGGCGGCGCUCAGACUGCAGGAGGAAGUGACUCGUCUGCUCCGGGAGAACUCAGAGUGGUCGACGCAAAGCCGAGAGCUGCAGGCCGAGCUGGAGAGAGAGAGGGAGGAGAGGGAGAGAGAAAAGGAGAAAGAGAAGGAGGGGAGGGAGAAAGAGAGGGAGAAAGAGAAGGAGGAGAGGGAGAGAGAGAAGGAGGAGAGGACAGCAGAAGUCCAGAAGAUGAUUGACCUCUACCAGGAAGAGUCAAAGGUGCGUCUCUCCUUCCUCUACUGUCUGUACCAGCGUCUCCUCGCCGGCUGCGUCCUCCUCAAUCAGUCCCAGAGCAUUCUGGGUAACUUCACCUGGGAGGAGCUGUGUGAUGUCAUCAGCGAGCAGGUGGACCAGCUGACCUCUGACCUCCGCAGGGCCAAUAACAAGGUGGCUCACCUGCAGAGUGUGUGUGAGAAGAAGAGUGUGUGUGUGCGCGAGCUGAAGCGCAGUCAGGAGUGUGUGUUGUCUCGUGUGGAGGAGAGCGUGAGGAAGAGGGAGGAGGCGUGGAGCAGCCAGCACACACACACUGUUACACAGCUGCAGAACGAGCUGCAGCUGUGUCGUUCUCAGUGUGACUCUCUCCGUGACCACGUCUCCUCUGCGGAGCGUCAGCGCUCCUCCCUGACCUCCGACCUCCUCCGCCUGCAGAGCCUCCUCUCCAGGAGUCGGGAGGAGUCGUCCUCCCUCCUGUCGGCUUGCUCCCUGCUGGCAGGAGCGACGGCUCACGCUCUGCUCCGCCUGCAGGAGCUCCGCCAGCAGAAAGCUCUGCUGUCCAGACGUCUGCAGGAGAGGGAGCAGCUGGAGGAGGAGGUGAGGAGGCUGGCUGGAGCUCUGGGAGGAGAGGAGGAGGAGGAGGAGGAAGGACAGAAGAGGAGGAGGAGCAGGGCAGUGAGGAGGUGGAGGAGGAGUGUGUGUGUGGUGUUGGCGGUGAGGAGGUGGAGAGCGUUGGGUAAACAGACGACGGUGUUGUUUCGGUUGGAGAGAGACGGAGACGCUGUGAGUGUCUGUUACUAUGGAAACGAGACUACAGCGACACAGAGGGGUCAAAACGCUCCAAACACAGAUAAAGACGAUGAUGAUGAUGAUGAUGAUGAUGAAGGUGAUGAAGGUCGGGGGAAGGCGUGUGCUCGAUGGCUUCGCUCCAAAUAUCUGUCCUCAGCCAUUCUGUCCUCCAUGUCUGACCUGCAGGGGGCGCUAACACACACUGGCUCCUCCCCUCCAGACGUGAUGUCAGCAGCUCGUUCUGCUAUGUCCCGCCUCCUGGAUCACCUGCUCAGCCAAUCAGACGCAGCGCCUCGUAGCCGCGAGGACGAGCAGACGCUGACGGGUCGACUGAGACUCGGCCUGAACACACUGACCCCCCCUCGGCCUGACAUGAAGGCCUUGGUGUCCAGCCUGCAGCAGCACUUCCUGCUCUUCAGCCAACGACUGCACUCGGCCGAGGUGGAGAGGCGGGGCUUGAGGCUGGAGGUGGCCAAUCUGAAGAGAGCGAGGCGGCGGGAGAGAGAGGUCCCGGCCGAGCGUUUCCAGAGUGUGUGUGUGGAGCUGCGUCAGGCUCUGAGCAGAGAGCAGGAAGCUCAGACGCUGAUCCAGGAGCAGACGACCCAGAUGCAAACGCUGCAGCUCCGAGUCAACACACACACCGAGGAGCAACAACACACACAACACACACUGAGCCAGAACGAACAGUCUCUUCUGGAGGCCCGUCAGGAGGUGAGCAGGAAGGAGCGCUCUCUGAGGACUUUGGGGAAACACCUGUCGGGGGUUCAGAGGGAGCGGAGGCAUCUGGAGGAGAAACUGCAGAGAGCUGAGGAGGAGCUGAGGGACGCUGCCAGACGUAAAGAUUGUCUGAUCGGCUACAUGAACGCUGCAGAGAGGAGCUACACGGAGGUCAGAGAAAGUCUCGUCCAAUCACGUCACUCGCUGUCAGCUCAGUCCCGCCCCCCGCCGUUGCCACGGGAACACCUGGAAACUAACGGAGCAGAGAGCAUCAUGGGAACUCCGGAGGUGGCGGCUUGUCAGUCUCUCCUCUCCUCCUUCUCUCAGCUCUAUCACUCCUGCAGCUCUCGGAUCGGCUGGUUGGAGCAGGAAGUCUCCGCUCAUCGCAGUCAUGUGACCGCGCUGCGAGGCGAGCUGCAGGACGCCUGUCUCCGUGACAACCUCGCCUUCGUCCCUGUGGAGUUUCCUGAAGUCUCUCCAUUCGCUGACGGAGACGCUCUGCAGUCAGCGCCGCUCUUUGAUUGGUUGAAGGAGCCGCCCGUCACUUUAAAGACAGGCCCCGCCCCUUCCUCUCCGCCGCUCUGUAAGCCGUCCAUCAGGACCGGAGCGAAGGACAAGAAAGACGUGAAGAAGAGCAGAGGACACGUGAAGAGCGGCGGCAGGAAGUAG